AUGUUCAAAUUUAAACGAGUGAAAAAUUUAGAACAAGUGGGUCCAAACAGUAAACCUGUUGUCUCUUUCAUUGCUGGAGUAACAGCACCACCUGGUCGUCGUAUGGGUCAUGCAGGAGCUAUCAUUUCUUUAGGUAAAGGAGGUGCUAAGGAAAAAAUGGCAGCUUUAGAAAGUGCAGGUGUAAUUGUUACUCCUUCUCCAGCUCAACUGGGUAAAACUCUUUUAGAGGCGAUAAAUGGUCGUUCACGGGCUAAAAGUAACUAAUAAUCUACAGUGCAGUUUACUCCAGAGUUGAUCAAAGAUGCUUACAAAUUACUUACAAUUAGUAUUAUUAUUAUAACUGUUCUGUUGUGUAUGCGAGCUCGCCAGUGUGAUCUUUUCUUCCGGAUAUAAUCAAAAUAUCUUUUUUUUUGAAAUUGGUUGUCCAACCAUUUUACUUCGACAUUCUACUGUUUCUCAAUGCAUUCUUUUUCUUUUCUUGUGUUUUUCGAAUUAGUCUAUAUUCAUUCAUUAUCUAAGUAAAAUGUUUUAGUACUACAAUCAUCGCUAUAUGUGUGUGCAUGUCACCAGUAUCCCUGAUAUACAUAUUUUUCUGUAGUGAGUGAGGGAAAAAAACCGAACUAGUAUCUCGUUUACUUGAUUGUUUGUCUUCUCUUUCUCUUCGAACUUCACAGCCCUGUAAUACCACCGUUUAUCUUUCUUUCUUGUAUAGGAUUUUAGUAUAUAAAGUACUUUAUAUACUUUUUUUCUCCGCUCCUUUGUCUAUCGCUUUUUUCUCUUAAAUCAGACUGGUUAGUAUGUAUUUUUACAUGUGUGUAUGUGAGGUGACGGAGUACAGUUGUUCCAUUGUUGUAGUAUUUAUUAAAGAAAAGAAUCUAGUGAUAAUCAAAAUAAUAACUGUUUUCUAUUUCUUC